CAGAUGAGUUUGUUUUCUAUACUCUGUUUUGUCCUAAUAACUAGCUUUGGCGUUGCUUCGGUUUCAGCACAAAGAUGUAUGAAUAGAAAAGGGAAUUUCAUGCCCAAUGGUACCUACGACGUAAACCGCCGUCUCAUCCUCUCUUCACUUCCUUCCAACGUCACAAGCAAAGAAGGCCUCUUCUUCAACGGUUCCAUCGGACAAGAACCCAACCGUGUCUACGCAGUAGGGAUGUGCAUCCCUGGAUCAACUUCAGAUGACUGUUCUGUUUGUAUCAAGCUCGCAUCUGAUCGUUUGAUAAAGAAUUGUACUAACCAAACAAACGCGUUUGCUUGGCCAGCUGACCCCACGCUUUGCCAUGUGCGCUACUCCAACACUUCUUUCUUAGGAUCUGCGGAUCUGAAACCGCGUGUACUGCUUCCCAAAGAAGGAGAUAUCAUCUCAAAUCUAACAGAGUUCACAAAAACAUGGGAAGACUUAGUUGUUCGUAUGAUUGAUGCAGCCUCAGCAGCAAAAAGCACACCAUCAUCUAGUAAUAACCAUUACAGGGCUGAUGUUGCACCCUUGACAGUUCUCCAGAACAUAUACGCUUUGAUGCAAUGCACGCCUGAUCUUUCCUCUGGUGAUUGUGAUACCUGUCUGCGACAGAGCGCAAGGGCCUACCAGUCAUGCUGUGGUCAGAAGCAAGGAGGCGUUGUUACGCGGCCAAGCUGCUUUUUCAGGUGGGACUUGUAUGCAUUCUCUAAGGCCUUUGAUAAUAUUACUGUGGCUUCUCUUCCUCCUCCUCGUCUUCCUCCUGUGGCUUCUCCUCCUCCUGCAUAUGAUCACGCCAGAACGACCGAUAAUAAUAGCAAAGGAAUCUCAUCUGGAGUUGUCGCAGCUAUUACAGUUCCAACUGUUGUUACCGUCUUUAUACUGCUUGUUCUAGGAUUUGUUCUUUGUCGGAGGAGAGAGUCAAUGCAAAGAACUGAAGUUGAGUCUGAUAGUGAUAUUUCAACUCCACAGUCAUCCCAAUACGACUUUAAGACAGUUGAAGCUGCAACAAACAAGUUUUCGAGGCAUAAUAAGCUCGGUGAAGGUGGAUUCGGUGAGGUUUACAAGGGUACACUUUCAAAUGGAACAGAAGUGGCUGUGAAGCGACUGUCAGAAAAGUCAGGACAAGGGAUAAGAGAGUUCAAGAACGAAGCUGUUCUUGUCUCAAAACUUCAACAUAGGAAUUUGGUUAAGCUUCUUGGAUUCUGUCUGGAAGGAGAAGAAAAGAUUCUGAUCUAUGAGUUUGUCCCCAACAAAAGCCUUGACUAUUUCCUAUUUGACCCUGAAGAGCAAGACCAGCUUCAUUGGACUCAGCGGUACAAAAUUAUUGGAGGCAUUGCUAGAGGGAUUCUUUAUCUUCAUCAAGAUUCACAGCUCACAGUCAUACACCGUGAUCUCAAAGCCAGCAACAUUCUUUUAGAUGCCAAUAUGAACCCAAAAAUUUCAGAUUUUGGAUUGUCGACAAUCUUUGGAAUGGAGCAAACUCGAGGCAAUACCAGCAGAAUAGCUGGAACCUAUGGUUACAUGUCUCCCGAGUAUGCAAUGCAAGGUCAAUACUCCAUGAAAUCUGACAUUUACAGCUUUGGAGUCUUAGUUCUUGAGAUUAUUAGCGGCAAGAAAAACGGCGGAGUUUACCAGAUGGAUGAAACUAGUACUCCUGGCAACUUGGUCACUUACGCUUGGAGGCUUUGGAAAAAUGGAUCACCACUAGAGAUGGUGGAUCUAGCCAUUGGAAGGAAUUACGAGAUUAAUGAAGUCACUAGAUGCAUCCACAUUGCGCUCUUAUGUGUACAAGACAAUCCAGAAGACCGUCCAAUGUUAUCAACUAUCAUAUUGAUGCUCACUAGUAACACAAUCACUCUACCAGUGCCUCGCCUACCAAGUUUCAUCCCUCGGAGCAGGCACGAACUGGACCAGGUAUCUGAGGGACUAGAAUCAAGUCGAUCUACAGGAAGAUAUGUUGGUCAUUCUGUAAAUGACGUGUCAAUAACUGAUUUAGAGGCUCGUUAAAGAUGGAAGUAUUCUCUAUAUGUACAAAGUUGCGUGAUGCUUUGUAUAAUCUUAUUCCAUGUAUUCUCUCUGUUUAGAAUUUAAUAUUUAGCAUUCAUAUAGGUGACUGGAAUAUUUUAUUUUCAGUAUUAAA